GCUCCUAGGUAUGGAUGCUAGGCCAUACACUUUCAGUUAUGCUGAACUAAGAAAUGCCACUGAAGACUUCAGUCCUUCUAAUAAGCUUGGAGAGGGCGGAUUUGGACCUGUCUAUAAGGGGACACUCUCUGAUGGAAGAGUUGUUGCUGUAAAGCAACUAUCUGUAUCAUCCCACCAAGGAAAGAAUCCGUUUGUAACAGAGAUUGCAACCAUAUCAGCUGUGCAACAUCGUAACCUUGUGAAAUUGUAUGGGUGCUGCAUUGAAGGAGUAAACCGAUCACUUGUCUAUGAGUAUCUUGUAAACAAGAGCCUUGAUCAAGCACUAUUUGGAAACGGAAGUUUGGACCUUGAUUGGCCAACCCGUUAUGAUAUAUGCUUGGGUGUAGCCAGGGGUCUAGCCUAUCUUCAUGAGGAAUCGUGACUUCGCAUUGUACACAGAGAUGUGAAGGCCAGCAAUAUUCUGCUUGACUAUUAUCUCAAUCCUAAGAUUUCAGAUUUUGGUUUGGCCAAACAGUAUGAUGGCACAAUGACUCACAUAAGCACCCGUGUUGCAGGCACAAUAGUAUGCCAUGCGUGGGCACCUCACAGAAAAGGCCGAUGCGUGUAGUUUUGGUGUUGUAGCUCUAGAGAUUGUUAGUGGAAGUCCAAAUUCUGACACAAGCUUGGA